AAGAUGUUUCGAAAAUGAGAGUGUAAAGAAGUUCGUUUGUGUUUCUUCUGUUUGUACUCUGUCUUGCUACGGAUUUUCACUUCAGUCUUCAAUCUGGGCGAAUUUAUAUGAGCAUACUGUCGUUCUCAGCGGAAUAAGAUUGCUCUCCAGCGGGCGCUUGCCGGGCAAGGCGUUGUGGAUCUCAACAUCACUGCGGGCACGCUAGUCGGCGUUGGCAGCAUACUGGGUGACACGCGAAAAAAGUCCUUACCCUCCCUUGUCGCGGGAGCAGUGCUCGGCGCAGCGUACUACGGAGCCGCAUAGUUGGUUGAUCGACUAGACUCCGUGAAGGGAAUCCAAGCAGGCGCAGCUACCUCGGCGUCCCUGACCGCCGCAAUGCUGCCACGAUACCUAAUAACCAAGGCGUUCAUGCCUGCAGGUACUUAUUGAGUUAGUUUGUCUUGGUGCCCGCACGCCGGAAACAUGACAACGAUAGAAGAGGCAGUACGAAGGCAAUGUUUCAAACGUCGCCUUCGUACUGCCUCUUCUAUCGUUGUCAUGUGUAGUGAGGUCGUCAAGCCGCAAUGUGUUGCGUUUGCCGUGGAGGCUUUGACAUACACAACAAAAGAACGCACAGUACUACAGGUCUCUGCGCACUGGUUAUCAAAAUGAAAAAUCCCCUUUCCCGAUACUCAAACGGAGAUUUGUGUAGCGCAAUUUCCUGCAACACAUGUAAAAAAUGGGGCCGGGGGAUUUUUCUUCUCAACACCACGUGUGGCGUUGGUGCUCCUCUUCACGGGGGGGCUGCUGCAAGAAGUGCAGGCCAACGAGGCGGAGCAAGGUCCAGGGCAUACGCUAAGCGAGGAACAACGUCCCAGCGUGGUGGUGGUACAGCAGGCCGGGAACGAACAAUCGUGGCUGCUUUCCGACUAUGCAUUGCAGAUACGUCUGAGUCUGCAACAAUCCAAUGCAGCUUUUUAUGCUAAAGCUGGAUCGCACAAGAAUCUGUGUUGCAUGGACGCCGAAAUUUGCCACCUUGUUGCUACGCAUAGCGGGAAUUUUUUAUUCUGUGGGAUGGGCAUUACGAACAAGCUCUCGUCACAGAAUAAUCUGUGCGGUUUUUCAUGUGCAUUCUUUCCAGAUCACCUAUGUUGCUCCAGGAGACCCACCCAGACAUAUUUAUUUGCAAGUCAUACCGACCGCGCCCCUGCGCCCGAAAGUAGUGGCGAGGAGCAGGAUCACGAGAACGAGCCGCUGACUGGGGUGGUGCCAGUAUUUUCCCAGCACGAAACACCACAACUACCGCUGCGGCCUCCAUCUGAUACAACGGAAGCGUUUCUGCAGAGCAAUGUUGAUGAAGCGCAGUAUACUGCGUUUGAUGAAGAAUUUUUACCGGCUACACGUGUGGCGAAGACUUCUACACACGACCUGCCAUCGCCGGCGGCUCCACUGGAUGGAGAGGAAGUGGCUACAACAGGUGGAAAGCUUGGUGUUGCGCAGGCGACAGCGACUGAUGCUGCAGGAGAACAACCGACCACAUCCGGCGGAGCAAACGGGAACCACGAGCAACAACAACAACUGCACCAGCAAGUCGACUACAACGAGGCGCCGACCUCUCGGGAGGAGGAGGAGCAGGAGCAGCAGGAGUGGCUUCAGAUUGGUGCAACAGCGGAAAAGAGAAGCAGAGCACCAGUGGCCAGUGCCGUUGUAGCAAAGGGCUCAAGCUCAGAGUCUUCAGAGCCGGAACAACAAAAAGAGGAACUAGUACAACUGCUGCAACAUCAGGUGGCGGCGAUGGCGCAGCAAAGUUUGCAGAUGCAGGCAUCGACUCCAGUGCCAUUUGGUGUGUCGUUCCGAGUCGCUGCGUGA